GGACCCGUUCUCUGUCUGUCUCGGGGGAUAACUAUCUCUGCGCGUGUGUCUGUGUGUGUUUACUCUUCGGUUGUUUACUUUCUCGUUUCACACCGAGCUCGUGACUAAAAAGCUCCGAGACGAUGGCGAACCCUCUGAGGGCCGAAGUGGUCCGACUCUAUAAAAACCUGCUGUACCUGGGCCGGGAGUACCCUAAAGGCGGCGAGUACUUCAGGGCCCGCCUGCGAGCGGCGUUCUCGAAGAACCGGAGCGUUCAGGAGCCCGAGAAGAUCCGGGAGCUGAUCUCUCGGGGGGAGUUCGUGGCCAGAGAGCUGGAGGCGCUGUACUACCUGAGGAAGUACCGCGCCAUGAAGAAACGCUACUACGACGAAUAGAACCACUCAGAGACUCAGAGACCAGGGUCCAUCAGGACCGGGGGCCCUUCAAGAACCUUCUACUGCGGUACCGGUCCGGUUCCUUAAGAAAUUUGGGUUUUGUUCAACAGAAAUGUCAAAAUAAAGUAACGUGGACGGUUCCCUCCAGCGCUGUUCACACGUUAAAUAAAUGAUCAGUUCACGACUUUCA